CUUAAGGCGCGCACCUCUCGGGUGCGGCUGCUCGGCAAUGGCGGGCCUGCGGGGUCCGCACCGGGAGGCUCCGGGCUGCAGGCGAGCCUGGGAGGAGCUGCUGGCGGGAAGGCUUAAGCGACAAAAACAUAAUCCUGAACGUCAGCAGAAAUUAAAGGAAUCGGCUGUGCAGCUCCUGAGACGCCACCAGAACUUGGGGGACCUUCUGCUUGAGGUAGAAAAUCCACCCAUUAAAAAAUUGUGUCUCAGUCAGUUGGUUGAUUGUGACAGUGCGGAGGCCUGCAGUGAUCGAUCUAGCGCCUUUAUAGGCUCUGCCUUGCGGGAUCAGGCCUCGAGGCUGGGGGUUCCUGUGGCGCUCCUGGCAGCCAAGAUGGUGGCCUGCAGCAUGGAGCGGGUGUGUUCGGAGCCCAGCCACCCGGCUCUGCUCAGCCCGGAGCAGAGGAAAAAACUGUCUUCCUUAGUGGAUGUUGCUCAGUAUUUAUCGGCACACGGAAUGUUCUCCCGUCUCUCCUUCUGCCAAGAAUUGUGGAGGGUGCAGAGCUCUGUGCGGCUGGAAGCAGUGUGGCGACUGGGGCUGGGGGGAGCAGGCUCCAUCCGGCGUCUAUGUGUCCCCAGCCAUCCUGACGUGCAGGCUGUGACGCCAUGGCUUUUUGGAAACCUGCGCCUGCUGUGUGAGCAGAUGGAAGCAUCCAGCCCGUCCGACGACACCGCCAGGGCUAUGCUUUCUGAUUUUGUGCAACUGUUGGUUUUAAAGGCAUUUCAGGACAACUCGGAUCUGGGAAGAACUGCAGAGCCCGGGAAGAUGCCUCAGGUCGCCCUGGAUGUGCUGCAGAACAUGCUGAGCUUUGUGCUGGACUCCCUGGCUGCUGGCCUUCAGGAGGAGUCUCCGGCUCACAAGGUGGUGAGGCACUGGGUGGAUGCGUUCAGCACACGCGUGUGCCACGCGAUGGCGCCAGAUCCUCUGAAGAAGUUCUUCCGUCACACACUGGUCCAGACUCUCACACACAGCCCCGUGCUGACAGUGUCGGACGCUGUCCAGAUGCAGAGAGAGUGGAGCUUCGCAAGAACACACCCGCUGCUCACCUCUCUCUAUCGCCGGCUCUUCGUGCUGCUGAGUCCCGAGGAGGCAGUCAGCUGCCUGCAGGACGUGCUAGCGGAGCAGGAGGUCAACUGGCAGCGUGUGUUGUCCUGCGUGUCCGUGCUGGUCAUCUGCUUCCCCGAGGCACAGCAGCUGCUGAGAGAUUGGGUGGCCCAGUUGCUGGCUGCUGCCUUUGAGAGCUUCCACCUGGACAGCAUGGUCACUGCAUUCCUGAUAGUGCGCCAGGCCGCGCUGGAGGGCCCGGCGGUGUUCCCGUCCUACGUGGAGUGGUUCAAGGCCUCCUUCGGAAGCGCGAGUGGGUACCACAGCUGCAGCAAGAAGUCUGUGGUCUUCCUCUUCAAGUUCCUGUCUGACCUCGUGCCCUGGGAGGCCCCCCGGUACCUGCAGGUACACAUUCUCCACCCACCGCUGGUCCCGAGCAAGUACCGCUGCCUCCUUGGUGACUACGUCUCGCUGGCUAGGACGCGGCUGGCCGACCUCAAGGUCUCCCCAGAGAACAUGGGACUGUAUGAGGAUGUGUCCCUGGCUGGAGACGCUGAAGAGCCCCGCAGCCAGGCUGCCCAGGAUGUAGAGAAGGCCAUCUCGAUGUUUGAACACACAGGGAAAAUCCCAGUCCCUGUCCUGGAAGCCAGCAUAUUCAGGAGGUCCUACUAUGUGUCCCACUUCCUCCCUGCUCUGCUCAUGCCGCGCGUGCUGCCUGAGGUUCCUGAUGCCCGGGCGGCCUUUAUCGAAUCUCUGAGAAGGGCAGACAAGAUCCCGCCCGCCGUGUAUGCCGCCUACUGCCAAGCCUGUGCUGCUGCCGGGGAGGAGAAGCCAGAGUGUGCAGACCCAGGAACUGGGACGGAGCCCUGCUGCGGGGAAGAGGCCCUAGAGCCACUUAGGGCUGCACUAGGGCAGCUCAGAGCCUUGAUGGCCAACCCUAUGCAGUAUGACGCUCUCUCUGCUCAGAUGGGUGCGGUUGCUGAGAAGCUUGAUGCUGUCUUGGGUCGCAGGAAGGAUGAAGUCUGUUCUGAGGAAACGAUUCAGCUCAGCUCCCUUGCCCCAGAUGUCUCGUGGCAGUACCAGGUAGUUGUGGAUCUGCUGCUGACAGCUUUCUGUCAGGACCUGACCGCAGCCUGCAGCUUUGUCCCCCCGGAGAGGCAGGGACCCUGGGCCACGCUCUUUGUGAGGACCUUGUGUGCUCGUGCGCUGCUGCCUGCAGUCCUCGCCCGGCUCUGCCAGCUGUUGCGUCACCAGGGCCCGAGCCUGAGUGCCUCACACGUUCUGGGCUUGGCUGCCCUGGCUGUGCACCUGGGGGAGGCCAGGGCCACGCUCCCAGAGGUGGACCCAGGCCCUGCUACGGCCACCCGCAGCCUUCCCGUCCCUGAGUUCCUUGAUGGCCUCCUAUCCUGCCACGCAGGGGAGUCCGCGCUCUUCUGCCUAAAGUUCUGCACGGCAGCUAUCGCCUACUCUUGGUGCAGGUUCUCCCCUCAGCCACACAGAGCCCUGCGCAGCUGUUUAUCUCCAGGCCUUAUCAAAAAGUUCCAGUUUGCUGUGCUCAGAUUGGUUUCAAAGGCCCGAGAGCCUCACCCUGUGGAGAGCAAGGCCAGCCCUCCCUGGAGACCCUUUUGCCUGCCUUCCACAGACUGGCGGAGCGCCGCUCUUGCUCUGUGGAGACAGAGCAGCUUCCGGGAGUUGCUGGAAGAGCCAGAGCUUCAGUUGACUUACAGAGACUGGCUGCAGCUAGAAGUCGAAAUCAGCCCCGGAGCCGAUCCUCUGUCAGACACAGAGAGGCACGACUUCCAGCAGUGGGCGAUCCACGAGCACUUCCUCCCUGCACCCUUGGCUUCAGGGGGCUGUGGCGGGGACCUGGAGGUGGCGAGCACGGUUCUCAUCGACGUGCUCAUGGACUUCUACCAAAGCCCGAGGAGCUGCGACCACACAGAGAGCCCCACCUGGCCCCACGGCGGCCACAAAGGCAAUGUGGACCUCUUCUGCAGGCUGCAGGAGAUGGCUGCCGACCUUAACCUCAGCUGUCCUGUCUCUCAGGGACACUUUGUCUUCCGAGUGUUCCACAGACGGCUCAAGGCCCUGGCAGGUGGGAGAGCUGCGGCCACCAGCCUCUGGAGACAGCAAGAGGUCCUCAUGUGCAAGCGGCUGCUCCUCCGCCUGCCCGCCUCUGUUCUCUUCUGGAGGGAGGAGGCUGAGGAGUCUGCUGCACCCAGCUGUGAGGAGUUCUUCCACCUGGUCAACUCGGAGCUGAGAAACUUCUGCACCCACCGUGGCGCCCUGAGCCUGACCCAUGACAUCACCGUCCACUUCUUCAGGGGGCUCCUGAACACCUGCUCACGCAGCCUGGAUCCCUCACAGACUGCCAACCUCACCCUGGCCCAGUGCCAGACCAGAUGCCCUCUGCUGGUGACCUCAGCACUGUCAUGGUGGUCAAGCCUGGAGUCAGUGCUGUGUGGCCGUUGGCAAAAGUCCGGCCAGGUGACACUGCCACAGGAACUGCAGAGGCUGCGGGAAGCUCAGCAGUUUGCCCACAGCUUUCUCUCCCCAGACUCGACUUCUCCUGCCCCCAGCCCAGCCUGGGUCUCUGCUGCUGCACUGUACUUUGCAGUCCAGCGAGUCAGGAAGGAUGAUGUGAGGAGGGUGCUGAAGCAGCUGGACUACGAGAAAGAGGAGCUCUUGGGGCCCUUCUUUUUCUUCUCCUUGCUCGGCCUGCUGUCAUCACACCUGACCCCAAGUGCCACAGCUGACUCUCUGACGGCCAUGGAGGUCUGCGCUGGGGUCCUCGUGUGUCUGGAGAGGAGAAAGCUACCCUGGCUGGGGCUUUUUCAGCUGACCAAGGCAGAUGCCAGGCUGGGCCACCUCCUGCGCAUGGCCCCGGAUCAGCACACCAGGCUGCUGCCCUUCGCUUUCUACAGGCUCCUGCCCCACUUUGCUGAGGCUGCCAGUGUCAGGGAUGAAGGCUUCCUGCAUGUUGCUGUCGACAUGUACCUCCGGCUGGUCCAGCUCUUUGUGGGAGGGGAGACCACCUCAGUGUCCCCCCUGACUGACAGAAGCCUGCAGCUGCAGGGCCAGCCCUGGCCACAGGGUAGCCCUGUAGAACUGCUAAGAGAAGCACGUCUCUUCCUGCUGCAGUUAAUACCUCAGUGCCCAGGACAGUGUUUCUCAGGCAUGGCGGAGCUGCUGGCUGGCCGUGCUGACUGUGACCCCGAGGUGACGAGUGCCCUUCUGCACAGGCAGCAGGCUGUCACAGAUGAGGACCUGUACCAAGAACCCCAUCUCUUCUGACUGGACCCGUCCCAGCACCCCACC